CUAUGUUAUUUUACUCUCUUUUUUUACAAAACCCCUUCGUCCUCUUUUCUGGCGAGGGCGCAGAGACCCAUUGCUCGAUCUGCUGAGUUGCUUCGCGACCCCCGCGAGGCCGGGAAUUACGCCGGUAGUGCCCAAUCCUAUACACCGGAAUCCGACCACAUCACCGCUGCUCAAGGAAUAGAAGGCCGCCGUUCGAGCUUCCAAAUUCCGCCGCCACAGCCGAAGCACAGAUCCGCCGCGAAUUCCAACCAAGGAUGAAGUCGAAGCGACACCCACCAUUCAGCACAGUGGGGCAGCGCUCCAUUCCAUCUGCUUUCCUCUCAACCUCUUCGAUCCGUUCAGGGAAAGAUGCAGAAAUCAAAGCUCCCGGCGAGAAGAAGCGCCCAAAUAUCUCUCUUUCCGACUACCUGAACAAAAAAUUGCACCGGAGCUCCGUUUCACCUUUACCUGGUUCAGUCAAGACGAGGGACAAGCAAUUCAUGGCGCCAGAUGAAGUUCAUUCAGGUAAAGAAAAGGGGAAUGAAAGAGAGAAGGAUAUGGAUGAGCGUUGUUUUGUUGGUGCUAUGUUUGAGAAGCUUAAACAAUGGGGGAAAACCAGUGAUGGUGCUGGGGAAGAUGUGAUUCCUUCUUGCACAGAAACAUCAAAUAAAAGAGGAAGAAGUGUGUUUGAAGGUGAUGAUGAUUGCAAGCAAAAGCCUGCUGGAAAGAAACUGGUAGUCCUUGGAGAGGGUUCAAAGAGUAAGCAGAAAAGAAUUGGAGAUUGGAAAGCCAAGAAAUCAGCAACUUACUUCAAUCACUAUGCAAGUGGGGGAGGGUGGUGGGAUUGUGAGAAGGAAGGUGUGGACAAUGAAGAAGUUGGAUGCAAUGGAACAUGGGAAGUCUACCACAUUCCUCAUUAGUGUGUGGACGGAUUCUUCUAAUAAGUGUCGCGCUUCUAGUCCCCGAAAUGUCCUUUAUAUUGUGUUUGGAAAAUUGUGUCUCAUUUGAAUUCUUAG